GCGGCGAUGGCGGCUCUGGUGGCCUCGGCGGGGCGGCGCGGCGUCCUUGGCGCCCGCGGAGCGCGGCUGCUGCACGCGGGGCUGCCCGAGACGCACCGGAUGCUGCGGGAGACCUGCCGGGACUUCGCCGCGAAGGAGUUGGCGCCCCUCGCCGCGAGCCUCGACCGCGACCACCGCUUCCCCGCCGAGCAGAUUAAGAAAAUGGGGGCGCUUGGCCUGCUAGCAAUGGCGGUGCCCGAAAAAUACGGAGGAGCCGGCUUGGAUUGCUUGGCUUACACCAUCGCCAUGGAGGAGAUCAGCCGCGGCUGCGCCUCCACCGGCGUCAUCAUGAGUGUCAACAACUCGCUGUAUCUAGGACCGGUUUUGAAGUUUGGGUCUGAAGAGCAGAAACAGCAGUGGAUCCCUCCCUUCACCGGUGGGGAGAAAGUGGGGUGCUUUGCCCUCAGCGAACCAGGAAACGGCAGCGACGCUGGUGCUGCAUCCACGGCGGCUCAGCUGGUGGGGGACGAGUGGGUGUUGAACGGCACCAAGGCCUGGAUCACCAACGCCUGGGAGGCCUCGGCCACCGUGGUCUUCGCCACCACAGACAGAGCCCUGAAGCACAAGGGCAUCAGCGCCUUCCUUGUGCCCAUGCCGUGCCCGGGCCUCUCGCUGGGGAAGAAGGAGGACAAGCUGGGCAUCAGAGCGUCCUCCACCGCCAACCUCAUUUUCGAAGACUGCCGCAUCCCCAAGGAGAACCUGCUGGGGUCGCAGGGCAUGGGCUUCAAGAUUGCCAUGCAAACCUUGGACUCCGGCCGGAUUGGAAUCGCCUGCCAGGCCUUGGGCAUCGCCCAGGCGGCUCUGGAUUGCGCCGUGGAUUACGCCGAGAAGAGGCUGGCAUUUGGCCAUCCCAUCGCCAAGCUGCAGGCCAUUCAGUUUAAGCUGGCUGACAUGGCGGUGGCGCUGGAGGGGGCUCGUCUGCUGACCUGGAGAGCAGCCGCCUUGAGUGACAACGGAAAGCCCUACACAAAGGAGGCAGCCAUGGCCAAGCUGUCGGCAUCCGAGGCAGCGACUUUCAUCUCCCACCAGGCGAUCCAGAUCCUGGGCGGCAUGGGCUAUGUGACAGAGAUGCCGGCCGAGCGCCAUUACCGAGAUGCCCGCAUCACCGAGAUCUACGAGGGAACCAGCGAAAUCCAGAGGUUGGUGAUUGCAGGGCAGCUGCUAAAGGCCUAUCGAGGCUGAAGGGGAGGACCGCUACGGAGGCCUCUGAAGAAGAGGGGUGCAGGCUUAAGCGGAGGGCACCCGCCCCUUGGCUCACCAUGGAAGAGACCAGCUGGGCAUCCAGCUCCUUUGAUGACCACGCCUCCGAUGGAGGUUGAGAGCAGGCACCUGGAACGACCAGAGGGGGGAAGGAGGACCUGGGAAACGGGUGCAGGAGGGCCUCGUAUCCCACACUCACCAAAGUCCCCUAGGCUCUUGCCAAGAUCUACUCUAUCCUGGACCCCACGGAUUCCAGUGGAGCCACAUCUGCCCAGGUGCAGUUUCUCUCCGUCUUCAGUGACAGCUGAAAGAAAGCAGGUUGUUGGG